GGGCCCUGCCUGGCCAUGGCCGCGGCCACCUCCCCUCCCAGGGCGGAGAGGAAGCGCUGGGGCGGCGGCCGCUUGCCGGGAGCCCGGCGGGGCAGCGCGGGCCUGGCCAAGAAGUGCCCCUUCUCGCUGGAGCUGGCCGAGGGCAGCCCGGCAGGCAGCGCGCUCUACGCGCCCAUCGCCCCGCCUGGCGCCCCGGGCCCCGCGUCCCCCGCCGCGCCCCCCGCCGCCGCCGACCUUGGUCCGCGGCCGCGCGUGAGCCUGGACCCGCGCGUCUCCAUCUACAGCGCGCGCCGCCCGCUGCUCGCCCGCACUCACAUCCAGGGCCGCGUGUACAACUUCCUCGAGCGCCCCACCGGCUGGAAGUGCUUCGUCUACCACUUCGCCGUCUUCCUCAUUGUCCUGGUCUGCCUCAUCUUCAGCGUGCUGUCCACCAUCGAGCAGUAUGCUGCCCUGGCCACAGGGACCCUCUUCUGGAUGGAGAUCGUCCUGGUCGUGUUCUUCGGGACAGAGUAUGUGGUCCGCCUCUGGUCGGCCGGCUGCCGCAGCAAGUACGUGGGCAUCUGGGGCCGGCUGCGCUUCGCCCGGAAGCCCAUUUCCAUCAUUGACCUCAUCGUGGUGGUGGCCUCCAUGGUGGUCCUCUGCGUGGGCUCCAAAGGGCAGGUGUUUGCCACCUCAGCCAUCAGGGGCAUCCGCUUCCUGCAGAUCCUGCGGAUGCUGCACGUCGACCGCCAGGGGGGCACCUGGAGGCUGCUGGGCUCCGUGGUCUUCAUCCACCGCCAGGAGCUCAUCACCACGCUGUACAUCGGCUUCCUGGGCCUCAUCUUCUCAUCCUACUUCGUGUACUUGGCCGAGAAGGAUGCUGUCAACGAGUCGGGCCAGGUUGAGUUCGGCAGCUAUGCGGACGCCCUGUGGUGGGGAGUGGUCACGGUCACCACCAUCGGCUACGGGGACAAGGUGCCGCAGACGUGGGUGGGGAAGACCAUCGCCUCCUGCUUCUCCGUCUUUGCCAUCUCCUUCUUUGCGCUCCCGGCGGGGAUCCUCGGCUCCGGCUUCGCCCUGAAGGUCCAGCAGAAGCAGAGACAGAAGCACUUCAACAGGCAGAUCCCGGCAGCAGCCUCGCUCAUCCAGACAGCCUGGCGGUGCUACGCAGCGGAGAACCCGGAUUCCUCCACCUGGAAGAUCUACGUCCGGAAGCCGUCCCGGAACCACGCCCUGCUGUCCCCCAGCCCCAAGCCCAAGAAGUCAGCCAUGGUAAAGAAGAAAAAGUUCAAGCUGGACAAGGACAAUGGUGUGAGCCCAGGCGAGAAGGCGCUGGUGGUCCCCCACAUCACCUGCGAGCCCGUGUUGGAGGACCGCAGGCCCGAACCCAUCUCGGUAGACGGCUACGACAGCGCUGUGAAAAAGAGUCCCACGCUGCUGGAAGUGAGCACGGCCCAUUUCAUGAGAACCAACAGCUUUGCUGAGGACCUGGACCUGGAUGGGGAGGCGCUGCUGACCCCCAUCACCCACGUGUCACAGCUGCGGGAGCACCACCGGGCCACCAUCAAGGUCAUCCGGCGCAUGCAGUACUUCGUGGCCAAGAAGAAAUUCCAGCAAGCGCGGAAGCCCUACGACGUGCGAGACGUCAUCGAGCAGUACUCCCAGGGCCACCUCAACCUCAUGGUGCGCAUCAAGGAGCUGCAGAGGAGGCUGGACCAGUCCAUCGGGAAGCCCUCCCUCUUCAUCUCCGUCUCAGAGAAGACGAAGGACCGUGGCAGCAACUCGAUCGGCGCCCGCCUGAACCGCGUGGAGGACAAGGUGACUCAGCUGGACCAGAGGCUGGUGCUCAUCACAGACAUGCUGCACCAGCUGCUCGCACUGCGCCACGGAGGCCCCCCCGGGGGCCAGCCCCCCAGCGCGGUGGGGGCCCAGGCCGUCCAGCCCUCAGGCGGCAGCUCCAUCAACCCCGAGCUCUUCCUGCCCAGCAACGCGCUGCCCACCUACGAACAGCUGACCGUGCCCCACGGGGGGCCCGACGAGGGCUCGUGAUGGGAGCGCAGGGCGCCUGAGAGGGGAGGCCCGCAGGAGGCCUGCCUGGCCCACCCCGCCCCCCGUCCGGCACGGCUCCACCGGGCCUCGGCCACCUCUCAAAGGCCAGAGGGCACAGUCCCACCCCGCCAGGCCCCUGACACCCGGUGGGCCACGCAGCGCCCUGGCCUGGACUGGGGAGCUCACCGAGACUGCCCCUUCCCAGCCGGUGGGUACUAGACUUUGGCUGGGUGUCGGGGUACAGCUCUUGGCUCUGAGACCGGGGCCCCACAUGCUGGUGUGACACUCAGGACAAGGCCGGCGGUCAGGCCAGGCGCUCGAUCUGUCCCGCGUACGGCCAGGAAGCGGCAGGGCUGCAUGCUGGCCCCGGGGGCUGCCUGCGGGGAGACGGGGGACAGCCUGGACAGGGUCUGUGAGGACCCUCCCCCAGUCUCAGAUCCAGGACCCGGGGUGACUCAUGGAGGAGGCAGGCAGGGCAGGGCAGGCCCAGCCCAGCCGAACAAAGGAGGUCUACAGUCAAGGCCCGAUCGUGGCCUGAGAGCCCAUCCCGGGACCCCGGAGCAGGCCUGGCUCCCUGACACCCCAGAGAUGCUGACCCCAGAGGAGCUGGGGGAGCUGCUCGUGAGGCCGCAGCUUCCAAUGGGAGGGACAGGCCCACCACUGCCGAGAGCUCUUCACUGGGAGGCACUGUCCAGCAGCAAAACGGGGGUGCUCAGGCCCCAGCCUCUGGACUGGCAGCUUCUCCUGCCCAUUCUGGAGGAAAGGGGCCUCGAGCUGCCUCCACAUGCAGGCCCUGCCUCCAGGUCCCUCCCGGUCCGAGCAGCUGGACAGACGGUCACCCCCCACCCCACCCCCCACCGCAGGGGAGCAAGUGGGCAUCACCAUCUCUAACAAGACGUGUGUCCUCCCGGGCGCUCCGCCCCACCAAAAUCGGAAUAAUUUGUGGUGAUUGGAAUCUGUGCUUUAAUGAAUUUCACGGUGUGAUUUUGAUUCUUAAUUGUGCAGGUUUUUCCUAAUAAAUGUGGAAUCACAAAAUUUAA